GGUGACAAUCUUAAUAGUGGCAAACGAGAAAACGUAUCAUUAUAGGUCUGCAAAAUGAAGUGAGACAGUAAAUACAUUGAGGUCCUUACAUGGAAGUGUCAUUUUAAUUUGGUAGUAUUAUAAUGUAAGAUAUUAAAGAAACUGAAAUAUAGAUGGCGUUAUUUGUAAUGACGAUGAUGCGCGAUUGCGUAGUAGUUAUGCUUAGGUGUGUAAGAGGGCGCUAUCACAUCUUUUAUUGGUUCUACUCUUACCCUAUCUUUUUUUUCAGCUAAAAUAAAAAAAUAAAUAAUAAAAAUUUUGAGUUGCAUAUUGAAGCAAUUACUAAAAUUUAAUGUUUAUUAUCAAUUAGCCAGAAAUAAAAUAAAAUUCAAGAAUUUAUUUUCUACUGGCAACAUUAAAUCCAUUUUCUACAUGCAACAUUAUGCAAAAUUGUCAAUCAAACAAAUUUGGCUGCCGGUUUGCGCUGAAGUGCUUUUCGGUGUCUUGUUUGUUUUUCCAGAUUUUUAUCCCUAUUAGUGCUUUAUCCACCUAAGUCCGUUAAGUUGAGCCUCUGCUCCUUCGGCCGUGUCGAUUUUGUGCUUGAGGUGAUCGAAAUCUUGUGAAUUUUGUGCUUGAGAUAGGACUCGUUGACCCGUUUUGUGAUAAUUAAUAUUUAUCAUGUCUAAUAGAAAGUGUUGUGUUCCCGGAUGUACAAAUGGCUUAGACACUACGGGUAUUUACAUAAAUUCCCUAAUCCAGAUAAGGAUAGGCAGCUAUUUAAUACAUGGGUCUUUCAUAUUGGUGGUGACAUUUUGCAACUUGAAAAUAACCAUAUUUUCAAAUACCGCCGCGUCUGUAAUGAUCAUUUCGAACCAAAAUAUUGGUGCCGGAAUAACCGACUUGCCAAAGGAGCUGUACCUACAAAAAACAUGCCAGGAUUAUCUUGCUCGAAAUUCAGCAUUGAAAAAGAGCACUAAGACCUCUUCAGAUUUCAGGACCGUCUACAUCAAAAGAACCUGCGCAUCUACAUAUACACUCACAAGGUUCAAUUGAAGAUGUACAAAUGAAAGAGAAUCUUGAUCCUGUCACUUCAGAAUCUCAGUCUGUACACAGUGAUAGACAGCCUCAUAGUGAAGAAGAAAAUGUUGAGGUGGUGAAAGAUCUUGUGCAUCGCAAAGUUAAAUGUGUUAGUAAGAAGGCGGUAAAACAGGUUGCUGUUACGAAAACUGAGCGUGCUCUGUAUCAGAAAAUGCUGCAAGUUGGUGUGAAACUCAGCAAAUGCCGUAGCAAGGUUAAAAAGCAGGCAAUCAAGAUCAAGGCCCUGCAAAAUAUUACUACAAACCCUCAAUUUUUAGAAACUCUAGACAAAAUGUCUAGCACAUCAAAAAUUUUAACUUUGCUGCAGUUCAGGGAGCACAAAAAGGAAAAAAAAGGCGGGGGAUGCGGUAGAACCGCGGGCGGAAGAUUGUAUAGUAAAAGUUUUCACAAAUUAAAAACUGCUCCCAGUUCAGAUUUAAUAAUAACAAGUUUCUUAUUGAUGACUAGAUGCCAUAGUAGCCAGUGUAUCUGCCUGCCACAGGAGGUCGCGGGUUCGAUUCCCGCAUAAGUCAAACAUUUAUGUGUGUGGGUGUUUCUACAUAUGUACACUAUGUUAUGUUAUUUAUAAAAUAUUUAUAUUUAUAUAAGUUCAUUUAUUGGUUGUCUGCUGUACCCAAAUUACAAGCAAGCAAUGCUUUGUUUGGGACUAGAUUGCGUUGUAAGAACGUGUGAGGAAUAUUUAUUAAUAUUUUUUUUCUUAUUUUUUUGCAGAAAAAGGAAUAAUCUCUCAAGAUGCGCAAAAUACAGCGGACGUCAUCUUGUUUUUUGACAAACUUUUUGACUCCAUUAACGGAAGCUUCGGGAAAAGGAAGCACAGUAAACCACUGCUGGGACCUGCGACGCCGAACUCAAUACAUCACAAAACAUGGAUGGAGGCAAAAAUAUUUUUAAAAAAUAUGAAAUUUGUGAAUGUAAAAACCUCGAAUGUGGAGUAUGUUCCCACCUUAAGUAACUGGGUAUGGACACUAGAAGGAAUAGAACUGCUUUUAAAAAAUUGCUGCGAAGUACGGAGUGACAUCGGUUUGGUUGCGGCAUCUGAAUCAGGAUCCAAUAGAAAAUUUUUUUGGAUCGAUAAGGAGUCAAGGAUGCCGCAACGUAAACCCUACUCCAGAUGGAUUUGAAGCAGCAUUUAGCAGCCUUUUAAUAAACAGCCUAUCUAGUGUCCAUGCCCCAGGGACAAAUUGUGAGGCAGAUAAUUGCCACGCUUUGCAUGAAGUUCUCAUCACAAGCGGGGCCUGCAAAGAACAAAUAAAUUGUGAGCUCUCUGAGAUUCCGGACAUUGAAUUUACAGCCCUUGAAGACAAAAGCGACCCCGUAUAAUUGGGGCUACAAUAUGUUAGCGGUUAUUUUAUUAAAACCGCUAAGAAGAAAGUCUUCAAGGGUUGUAGUGAAUGUAAAAAAAAUUUAAUGUCCGAUCAGGAACACGAUUAUUUAAAAUAUAGAGAGUAUGCUAAUAAAAAAUGGCUUUGCAGUCCCAGCGA